CUCUUGGCAGAGUCAAUAUAUCUGAACCAUUCCAUCUCGAGCGUAUCAAGGCCGAAUAUUUUACCAUCACUAGAGGGACCUUGAAAGAAUUCCGUAUCCCUCCUGGGAUAAACCAUUUAUGCUACAUAAUCCUCGGUAGAGCCAGUCUGGAGGUUGAUCAACAGAGCGGAAAUGUUGUGAAGGAUGAUUGUUUCUCGUUUGCAGCUUCUGAAGUAAAGAGAACCUAUACUCUGAAUGCCCCAGAGAACGGAGAUGAUCUACGCUUAAUCUUUGUAGAAGAUAUAGAGGCCCGAAGUUAUAAUAGAAAGAAAGAGUGCAAACGAGGAAUCCCCACUAUAGUCUCUGCGGUCACUUCCUCCAAAUGGUACAACAAAGGUAUCAAUCAAAACAAGUUUGCAAGAUUAGCCCUCCUUACCGACAUGGGUCUUGAAUUGGAGACCAUUCCAUGGAGUUUAAACCUCAAACGUAUACCACCCGGAACUCAAUCUUCGAAUAACCACGCACAUAGUGAGGAUGACGAAUUUGCUAUCGUUCUCUCGGGAAAGGCACGUUAUUGGUACCACGGGAUAGUUCCUGAGCCGAUCCUCCAGGCCGGUGAUUGUGUUGGGUGGAAGGCUGGGACUGGUAUAUGUCACUGCUUAUUCAACGACGCAGAGGAUUUCGAUGGAUCUGGGGAGGACCUCGUGUUUCUUGAUUGGGGCGAAAACAAACGGGAUAUAGAUAAAUUCUACUUUGGCCAUGCAAAUCCGCCUUAUUGGAGGGAUGAUCUCAAAUGGCUUGAUCACCCCGAGCUCCCUCUUGGUCCCGCCUCUCCUUUCCCUCGCUUUCCAAGGCCCGAUGACAGG